CACUUAGCGCUAUUCCUACUUUCGUUUGAGUGCAAUGAAGUGCUUUAGAAAGAGAAAGUUUGUAUUAUGCAUUUUAACUUGUAAUGUUGUAUUUGUGAUUGUUCUGUAUUACUUUUUACAAACUGAAAGAACUGACGAGGAUGUCACAAAGAGAAUCCCUUCAUAUUCGGUGGUUAUACGAGAGUUUGAAGAUUAUGACAAUGAUGUGUCGGCCACUGUUUACCAUAUUCAUAACGUGCUGGGAAAUCACGUGCCAAUAUAUAUUGUUACAGACCACUCACCAUAUCCGAAUAUUGAUUUCACACGCCUUAAUGUUCAAGCUAUUUUCAAUCUAGACUUUGAUUUGGAUAAUAAUAAAAGGCAUACAGACGAUGAAAUCCUAGACGCCAUAACAUCAGAAUAUGUUAUUUUUAUACCAGAUGGAGCUAGAAUACAUAAUAAAACUAUAUUUGACAGACUUAUUGAAGAUUUUGAUCAUUCCAAAUUUUCUCAGGCGUUUGCGGUGAAAACUGGCAGCGAUAAGUUAAGAUGUCCAGGACUACAAAUUAACUUGCAAAGAUGGCGGUUGAAAAUAACUGAAUUUGAAGGAUUCGAAGGACUUUGUGAUUAUAUUGAAGGUGAUCAAGCCAUUAUAGUUCGCACAACAACAUUAACAGAAAUCCCAAGUCCAUGGACAGUUCCAUUAACAAAAUCUUUAUACAUACAGUUUAUUGUUAAGAGGUGGAAAUCAUUUGUUUAUGUUCCCUCCGUAUUUGUACCCAGAAAAGGGUUCAGGGAUCCCAGUAGCCUGGAGCGGUUUAAGUAUGAACAAAAGAAAAGAGAGGAUAAAUUAUUCAGAAAGUUUAAAAUCAAGGAACUUGUGUAUAAAAUUGAUGAAGACCAUGAGAAGAAGUUUUAUUAUGGUUGUGACAAGCACACUGAACGCUGUUAUAGUUCUGUGAUCAAUGACCUUCCGGACUUCUUAGCCAUGGGUAAAUGGACCCCACCCUGCUGUCUGAAGGCUCUCCGUGAAACAGCUGAUCAUGUUCUCAAGAUUUUUAACAGUACAAAUGUGCGUUAUUGGUUGGAGGGUGGAAGUUUGCUGGGUGCUGCAAGAUCAGGCAAUAUCAUUCCAUGGGAUACAAGUGUUGAUAUUGGAAUUUAUAUGGAAGAUAUUCCAAAGUGUUCACAGUUAGUAAAGACAGGAAAUUAUGAGUAUCAGGAUAAAAAGGGAUUCUUAUGGGAAAAAGCUGAAGAAGGGGAAUUUUACCGAGUGCACUACAGUAGAACUAAUAGGAACUAUGUUCAGAUUUUCCCAUUUUAUUUAAAAAAUGGUGUCAUGACAAAGGACUUUUGGUUCAAGACCCACAAGCAAGACAUUUCAUUUCCAGAGCAUUUUCUCACUCCUCUGUCACUCAUAAAUUUCAUUGGGCAAAAUGUGUCUGCACCAAAUCACGUGAAAGCAUUUCUGGAAUUAAAAUUUGGGAAAGGAGUAAUUGAAAAUCUUCAGUAUCCAAAUGGUGCUCCUGUGUAUUGAACAUGAAAUCCUUAUCCAAUAUUUUGUCAUUCAGUUUAUCUAAGUGUUAUAUUCUACAGUUGUUUUGAAAGUUCUCUGUUCUCAGGUUCAAUGUCGUUUCAAUUUUAUGAUAAUCAUGAUAAUAUUCAUGCAUUUAUAAAAUUUUGUUAUAAUUACAUGUACAUAUCCAAGAAAUUUAUAUAUUUUCUAAUAUAGAAUAUUUAGCCCACCUGAACUGAAAGCUCAAAUGAUUUUCCAAGUAAAAUUUAUAUAUGUUGCU